AUGCCGCCCAAAGCCACACCCUCAGCGUCGGCCAAGCUCACCCCGGACCAAGUCCCAGCUAUGUUUCAGCGAUAUCGCACCGACCUACAAAACUUGGCUCAGAAAAUAGGAGAGCUCGAGUCGGAGAUGGAGGAGCACGCGCUGGUUCUGUCGACAUUAAAACCUUUGCUGGAAACAGAACCCACCCGGACGUGUUAUCGACAAAUAGGAGGCACACUCGUCCAGCUUACAGUCAAGGAUGUGGUCCCUACCCUCGAGACGAACUAUAGUGGGAUCAAGGAGGUGUUGGAUGGGUUGGUUAGAAGUUAUAAGGGCAAAGAGGACGAGUUCGGGGUGUUUCAGAAGGAACAUGGGAUUCAGGUUAGUUUGGGCUUCAGAGGGGUGGGCAGUAGGGUGAAAGAGGGGCAGAGGGAAGAGGGCAAGAGACGAGGCUGA